AUGCGCCGGCCGACAAGUGAUGUCAGGCAGAGGGAGACUCGCCGGCUCUUCGGGUCGGAUAACAGUGUCGGUCGCCGGCGAAAUUCAAGUGUUCCCUUCAGCAAUCCGAGACAUGACAAGUCUCGUUACUCACAGGACAGUGAGACGGACUUCCUCUGUGAUAGAGCAGUGGAAUUUAUGGACUCUGGGGACAUUUACAGCAUCGUAGCUGUUGAGCUGGCCGAACACAGUGCUUAUUUUGAACGUCUUUUACGUUACCACAGGGGACGUGGAUGUAUUCGUUUACCGGAAUUCCUGAAUGCAGGAUUUUCUGCCCUCAUUGAGUAUAUUAGGCGUGGCUCAACAACAGUUGAUCAGGGAAAUGUCUAUGAAAUAUUCAUAGCUGCGGACUAUCUUCUUGUGCCGAAACUCAAGGAGCAGUGUUCCGCGUACAUUAAAGAACUCUCAAACGAUCCUUCCACCGCUAUCAACUUAUGGGUUGCGGGACGCCCACUGCACUGGCCAGAGAUUGGUGAAAUGGCCUUCCAAAAGAUCCUGGAAAAUUUUGAGAAUGCUUACCUAUCCCCUGAGUUUGAGCAGCUGGACAGUACAGAUGUGGAAACAAUCCUUAUGGACGACUCUCUCAACUGUAAAAGUGAAAUGGCAGUCUUCGAUGCUGUCAUGAAGUGGUUAGCUCAUGAUCCCGAAAACAGGACUGCAGACGCUCUAAGUCUUCUUUGGAAUGUUAGGUUGGGUAUGAUUCGUACGGCCGAAGUUGAGAAAAUGAAGCAGAAUGAACAACUGAAACUUGUCCCCGAAUAUAUGAAUAUUAUCAACGAGUGGCCCUGGAGCAUCUAUGAUCUCAUGUCAAAAUUGACCGAGGUUCAAAAACUUAAGCUUGCGAAACCGCGAUUUCCACACCAGGUUCUCUGCGUUUUCGGUGGUUGGUGUGAUGGCGAGGGGCCCCGUGCAGCUGCACAAAUCUUCAACCCACGUGCCAACACCUGGACCCUGUGGACGGAGAGGGGUUGCCAAACUCAGAGCCCCGUAUACGAGUGGUUGGACCAGUUGUCCCUACCGGAUAGCAACAACAAAAUGGACGUUACUCCGGCCAAUGCGGGCACCGAAACUAACACCGGAAAGAACCCCGUAGAGGUUCCCCAACCAGAGGCGAAACUCACGCCCACCUUGCCUGCCGGCCUCUACACCUGCCCACAGAGACUGAUUAACGCCACAGAGACCAACUGCCUGAUUGGUGAAAUCCCCCGACGUGUUUAUGCCGGUUGCGUACUAGUAGGCAAUCGUGUCUACUUGGUGGGUGGUUUCGAUGGUACCAAUGCACUCAAAUCCACUCUCUGCUAUGACUUUGAGGUCGACUCUGGGUGGUAUGAGAUUAGCUGUAUGUACGAGAAGCGUUACUACGUGAGCGUAGCCUAUGCCUCUCGCUACAUCUACGCCCUCGGCGGCCACAAUGGCGAGAACCAAGGCCGACUGGAUACUGCUGAGCGC